AUGGGAAUCGUGCUCAAAUUUGCGCUAAUUUUUGCCGCCGCCUCAAUUGGCGCAAUUUCGGCGAAACGCGUCGCCGUUCGCGCCGUCGGCCAAUAUUAUUGUCGCGGCGAGCCGCUCGUCAAUCAUACCGUGUGGCUCAUCGAGCGAAAUAAUAUUUUUGGGCAUACCAAAAUCACCAGUGUUCAAACCGAUCGUAAGGGACAAUUCGACAUUUCCGGAAACGCUGUAGAAUGGUGGGGCGAUCCGAGGCCAGCCGUCUAUAUUGAGCAUCGAUGCGCCGAUGAGCCGAGAAGAACCGAAGGCAAAAUUUGCACGACUUCUGAGACCAUGGACAUUCCGAAAGCGUUCCAGAAUCAAGGCUAUCUGCCGAAAUACACAAUGCAUUUGAGUUUGAGACGAUUGGACGAGCCGAUCGAAAUCCACAAGGGCUAUGCGACGGUGGCAGCGACGCGACGAUUCUGGGAUUGCAUACUCAUUUAA